ACGGCUGCUGUUGUGAAAUUGUGAGACAAAAAUUAAGAAUAAAUUUGGCUUGCACGUGGAAGUGGAAUUAGCACAUUUUCGGGUCCCUUUACAUACAAAGUAACAUCCCUAUUCAGUACGCACGUUACGUUCUUCUAUACGAUUUAUACUCAAAUUGUGAAAUAAUUAAGUUAGUGUAGUGAUUACUUGCCAUUACCUUCCGUGAUCUUAGUCUCUCGAAAACUUCUUGAAGUGAUUAUUGUCUAAGGUGGUUUUUGUGUUCCGUUCUUGAGCUAUAAAUAAGCUUUAACCUUUUAACAUAUUUUCAGUAACAUUCGUGUAAUUUAUGUGCUCCAUCGGAUUUUAUGUCAGUCGUAUGCAUUUGAUUAGUAUAUCAGGUAGUCCGGUUUAGAUCUGAUAUGGAGACAGAAUUUCUUCAUGAUUAUGAGAACUUUUCUAAUUUCGGCUCACAGGGUAGCGGACUAAACUUGAGUGGGACGUUCUUUGAAAAAGUCAGUGAUCAUGAAUUAGCCUUCCAAGAUGACAUUCCUCAACCAGAUUAUUGGCUCUCACCCCUUGAUGACUAUGGCUCAUCAUCCUUAUCACCCACUGCGCUUUCUUUGAGAGGAGACAGCUGUGAUUUUUCGCUUAGAGACUUGGAUCAUGCGUUUGAUGCAACAGAAUUCAAGCAGGCAGAAGAUUUUAACAACUUAGAUUCCUGGAAUUCAGCAACUGAUGAAUUAACAGGAUACCCAGAUUUUCUAUCCAUCAAACAAGAUCCUGAUCAAAACUUUUGUGAUAGUAUACACGAUGCACUAGCUGACUCCUACUCGCGAACAGAAUUUUUUCCAACAGAAGAUGAAAGUCAUAUUGAUGUGGAAACUGUGGAUACUACCUCAGAUGCCUUGGAGCGCAAAAGUGGGCGUCAGUCAUUCCAGCCAUCUGUUUCUUCACCAGUGAGGUCUAACCUCGCAGCCAAACCUGUUAAGCCGUGCUCACUUUUAGAGAAGCAUUUACGAAGCCCUAUCGAGACUAUAAUUAAUGCCGCUCAAAGACCUAACUCUUUAAAUAGCUGUACCAAAUUGAAUAACUGUAGAAUUAUUAGAGAGUCUUCAAUUGAGUCUUCCACUUCAACUAAGCUUAAUGCUCGCAAGCAUAAAAUCCCCAUUGCUCAAGCUAUCCCAGGCAAAAAACAUGAAAGUAGCUCAAACCGAAUGCUAGAUGCAGGGAGGACCCUGAACAGGAACAAGUUAAUUAAGCUGGUUACUACAGGAUCCUCAGGCGAAACAAUCCUUUUAGACCAUGACUAUUGUUCAAAUAAUAGCAAAAGUGGAUUCAUCUCAUCGUCCUCUGAAUCCUAUGAAACGAAGAGGGUCCCUAAUAAGAUCGAGCCAACAUCUAUCCAUUUUUUUGCCAACAAACUCGCUUGUGGUAAAAGCACAAACAAUGCCACCAACCUGAAAGAGACAGCAAGAGAUAGCUCCAAAAUAGGAAGUGGGGGAAUGCCAAAAACAGAAGCAAUUGAUGCUCUGAGCACGACCUCUCUUAAAAUAAACAAAUCCAAAAGCUGUGAUACUGAAACUGCCUUUAGUAAAGAUAUCUUGCCUGGAGACAUUGUUCAAAGUAGUGCAACAAAAAGUUCCGGCAAGACUAGCGUUAAGAUAGAGGAAUCUUAUUGUGAUAAUAAAAUUGCUCAAACUGAUGUACCUGCAAAAAAGAAAUCAUCCCAGAAGAAGCCAGUCUUGGUUUCACUCCUAAACAAAGCGACUGUGAACAAAGACUCGUCGAAAGAGGCACUCUGCGAUGAUUCUGAUCAUGAGAAAAGUAGUUCCUCCAAAUUGGUCGAGUUACAAAAUUUUCACUCCUCAGGUAAGACCAAACUGUCCUCUGAAAAAUUGUUGACUUCAAGAGAAGCUAACAAGCCAAAUAAAAUUAUCGAUAAAGAACGGAAAGACAACAAUGUUUCUAAACCGUUAAGUUUUGAAGUUAGCAGCACAAAACAGAAAGAUAAGUCUUCAACUGAACCUUAUAUGACGGACAAAUUGAACUCAAAGAAAACCAACACUCAACGAGGAACAUGUAUGAGAGCAGAUAAAUACAGGAAUGUAAAGAAAUUGAAUCGGAAAAAUAAGAAACUUCACAAGAGUGCCCAGUAUGUAUCAACUAGUCAUUCUAAAGACUCAUUAAAGAGUGCCAACUGUGUAAAUACUAGCUCUAAGAAUAAUUUUAAGUCUGAUUCAAAUUUACCAUUUCAAAUAAACUCAAAUGUGAUAAGUAGGAAUACAAAGAUGGCAGAUCCCGGGCAGCCCCAACGGGGAACUCUUUUCUCUCAUCAUGAAAAAAAGAAAGAAGCACAGAUAUCAAAUUCCGCGUCCGAAGAAGAAUUAAAGAAAAGUAGCUCACGGAAGAAUAGACUACAGCCAGAAUCAUCCAUUAAUUCUAACAGGCAGAGUGCAAGCAUCCCACCUUCACCGAGCCCAAAAAACGUAGGUGAAUUGUCAUCCACUAAUACUAAAGUUUCACACAAUGCAGAAUCAUCUUGCACUUCAGAGGUAGAGACAAGCACAACAAAUUCAUUGAUAGGCACCAAAGUUCCCACAGAAAGCAAGGAUAUGAGUGACAGUCAUGAAAACAAAUCCUUAUCAGAAAGUCAAUGCAAGGAUAACACCAAACAGCCGGAAUUGAAUGAUGAGAGUAAAUUAGAUAUGGACAAAUUUGUUGAUGCAUUUGACGCCAAACAAGAUACCGAAGAAAUUUCGACUACCUCAAACAACAGUGUAGAAGUCAAUGCCCAGAAUCAGGAGGGUUUUGCUGUUACGGAAAACCUCGCUUUGGUGGAUAUGAAAAAAGAUGAUGGUCAUCAUGAGAAAGCUGGUAGAGGAAAGAAAAGAAAACUGAACCUAUCUGAAUACCGUGAUCGACAACGAAAACGCCUCGAUCCAGGAGUCUUAUUGAUUGCCAAGUGGGAAGUGUCACCUAUUGAUUUAGACAGCAGCAACGACCCUGCGAACCGAAGAUCAUACAAGGAUCUUCUGAAUGAAAUUAAGGAUUUAGAGCCGAAAGUUAUUGAAACAGCAUCCUCUGGCAAUGAUGUAGCAGUUCUUGAAGUGGAGGAAAGAGCUGAAAAUUCAAAAACCUCGGAAGAGAGCGAUGAACAUUCAGAAAUGGCUACUUGUAUCGAAGAGUGUAUGGAAAAGAAAAUUGAAGAACAAAUCCCAAAAACAGAUGAAAAAAAUUCGGGCAAGGGAAGUGAAGCUACAGGAAAGUCCAAAAAAAGUACAUCAGUAGUGGAAAAGAGUAAUGAAGUACAAGAUGGUGUGAAAAAAAACAAAGAAAACAAUGAUGUCAAGAAUGCCAAAAGUACCAAGAGUUCUUCAGCUGAUUCCAAAAAGACCAGUGGAGACAGACCAGGUACCAAGGAGAAUAACCGAAGAGGUGUCAAGAAAAUUGCUCAAGAACCUUCCAAGUCUUCCAAAGAAAGGAAUGAUAAGCGAAGACGCUCCAGCAGUAGUAAUGAUAGUGACCGCAGCUCUGAACAUUCAAAAAAAUGUCGUUCCUCCCGAUCCUCAAGUGCUUCCAAAAAUUCCACGAGACGAAAUGGUCGUAGGACACCCAUUAGUUAUCGACCCAGUUCCAGAUCCUCAUUUUCAUCUAAUAGCUCUAGCUCCAGCACCAGCACCUCUUCUCGAUCUUCUUCCAGAUCGAGAUCAAAUUCUAGGUCCAGGAGCUACGGAAGUAGAAGUUACAGGUACCGAAGUGACUAUCGGAGAAGAAGUAGGGAUGGUGAUAGAUGGAGUAGAGAUCAUCACAGGUACCAAGAUUGGGAAGAUAGGCGUAGAAGCAGAAGCAGAAGUAGACAUAAUAGACGGAGAAGUAAAGACAGCAGACGAAGGAGCCGUGAAGAUAGGCCUAGAAGCAGAGACAACAGUCGUCGAAGCAAGAAUUACCAUAGAGGUCGAUCAUCGAGCUCUAGCAGGAAAACAAGGUCAAUUUCACCUAUUAGAUCAGAAGUCUACAGGCCGCUGGUUCAAAGAAACUACAAUAUUUCGGUUCAAGAUAAAGCCAUUGCUGAAGGUCGCAUGAUUUAUGUAGGAAAAAUCAGCCGGGGCACAACUAAAUCUGAUUUGUGUGACAGAUUUGAAGAAUUCGGACCUGUGUUAGAUGUCAGCCUACACCUAAGGACUACAGGGUAUAGUUAUGGAUUCAUAACGUACAAGUACGCUUGUGACGCCAGAAGCGCAAUCAAACAUGGCAAUGACAACAAGUCUCUUCCUGAGUAUGAAAUUGGUUAUGGCGGAGGACGUCAAGUGUGCAGCAACAGCUACUCUGAUUUAAUAGAAUUAUAUGGUUUGGUAAACCUGGGAUAUAGUCCAUAUGAUAGUGUCAGCACAGCUAGCCCAGUAGUGUAUGACGGUGCCAGCAAUAGGAAGGAAGAAGAGGAUUCUUUCGACGCACUUUUGCAGGAUUUCCGCCGUGCUGUUGCUGAACGGACUCAAAAAGAAAUUUGACACGCUCAUAACAGUUUUGUGUUACCAACAUUUAUAGUCGACUUUAUAUUAUGUCCAUUAUUUUAGUCAUUUUUGAGUACUUAGUCUGCUUAAGAGCUAGCUACCUGGAAUAUUUAAGUUACCGGAAGAUGUCUCAUCUAUCCUUGGUGAUAUAAAGUUACUUAUUAUUCUUUUAUUCUUGAAAAUGCUGUUAGUUCUUCGAUAGCUUACAGCAUUUUGUCCAUUUGAUAAAAUAUUUUUGUUUGUUUUUUCUUUUCCAAAAUCUAAGUCAGUUGAUUUUUAUUUUAACUCCGACAUUAAAUUUUAGGUCAUUUAAAACCAGAAAACUCUUCAUCUAAUAUUUCAGUCAAAAGUCAAAGUAUAGGUACUUAAAGAAUGCACUGUGCAUGCUCUCUGUUUCUUUAUUUGUCUCUCUUUGCUCCUGUUUCCUUCCUUUUUUCUUCCGAUUUAAGACAUAUUUAUUCGGUAGAAUGAAAAAUGAGGAAAAUAUAGAACAAUGAAAAAUGAGGAAAAUAUAGAACCCUGCCUUAAUAACGUUAGACUGCUAUCCCCUACACAUUAGUUUUGCUCCUCUCUGUAAGGACCUCUUUCCUUAUCUCAACUGGUUUUGUUUCUGCAGAACAAAUGGAUCUUUCGGUAAGGGCUCGUCUAGAUGAAAUUGAUCGAAGUAGAUGGGUAUAGUUGGGCCCUGCGCUAUUCCUACUUUUUUAUGCCUAAACAAAUCUGAACCUCUCCUUUAGAGUUUUGUCCAUCUUUUGGUAUUAGCACUGAUCUCUCAUUUGAUCGUUUCUGUUCAACCUUGUAAGAACUGUUUUGAUUUUCAAGUAACUUAGCUGUGGAAUUUGUUUUUAUCCAAAGUGAGAAGAAAAUGGAUAGCUAGACCCUAUUAUCUGGCAGGUAUUUUAACAGUUUUUACGUCAGCCAAGGCCAACUAAAAAGUGCUUCACUCUCUUUUGCAAAAGAGUUGUUUUUUCCCCCAGAAAUAUUUCACUCUCAACUAAGCACUCAAUUCUAAUUUUUUCUCUGCAACCCUUAUUGGAGAUAAUUUUUAUUAUGCCUUUCUCUCAAUAUUGGAAAGCCUUAUCUAUGCCAUACUUUUUCUACGUGCUUCCUUCUCUUUCAACUCACACCUCUAAUGUCUCAGAGAAAAAUGUGCAACUUUGUGAAAUUAGCUUUAAAACUUACCAAAUUAGUUUUAAUCGUUUUCUUCUUUUUUUCCUCUGUAAAUUAUGUUCAAUGUGUUCCAAGUAAACGUUCCCUUGUACUUGUAGAUAUUAAAUCUGAACUGGGAACAGUGGUCUAUUUUGCAUGUAGGCACAGAAAAAGAAGAAACAUUACGAGUUCUUUCACAGACCAACUUCAAAGAUACCCUUUUAAUCACCAUUUCUACUUGAUGCAAAAGAACUCAUGUUAGCAGAAAUAAUUCAAAAAUUAAUUCAAUUAAUUAAAAAGUUUUUUAUUCAUUUCCUUGAAUGUACAAUCAUAUGAGUGUCUGAUUGUCCUAUCUGACCAAAAGGACCUCUAUUUUAAAGACUGAGCACAAAAAGUUUUUUUUACUGUAAGAGCUGAUUAAAGGGAGUUGGAUAUUGCAGUCAUUUUUUGAUACAUUUCUGGGUACUCUGUAAAUUUGUAGUAUCCACCCAGAUAAAGGCUUAAAAUUUUAAAUUACAUAGUAUCAUUUCUUUUUCUUCCUACGUUUUCCAGAAGAAAAAUUUAUUUUUUUAUGCUAAUACUGAAGAAAGAAAACAAUGUAGUGGACACUGAAUGUGUGCAAGUGUAGGCAAGAAGCAGCUAGCUUCUCUGCCUCUCCUCUCGCCCAGGAGUACCAACUGGUACAUUAUCCACUGAGGGUUCAAAAUGGACUUCUAAUAUCCUUCAAUCAACCUUGAAGCUCUUCUUUUUUGUCUCGUGGAUUUGCCGCAACAUGUCUUUUUUCUUUAAGCACCUAACAAGAUGGUCUCUGCAAAAACUCGAUUUUUUCCCCCUCCUUGUGCAUGUGUUAAAAAAGGAUGACGAUUUUCUGUAAGGUUGAAAAAAGUUGCUGCAGGAAGUAGUAAGUUCCCAACUUAUGAAUGAUCAGGCAAAUAAUUGUAUGGUUAAGGGAGGUAUGUGCGGAAACAUCCGUUAAGUUUAGGGUCCUCUCAGUCUCAUCUUAGGCUUUUUAUAAGAACUCAUGGUUCAUAUUUAGUUCAAAGAUAUUUAAGUUGUUCAUUAUUAUUAAACUAUGUUUUUUAUGUUAUUAUUUAAGUGACCUUAUUCUUUAUAUAUUUUUGUUCCUAAGCUCUU